CUGUCUUCUCUAGCGUUUUGUCAUCCGUGUUUGUCACCUUUUGUUUUUAUUUAUAUAUAUUUGCUUGUACAGGAAAUACUUCUCAAAUUUUCUUCCAAUUUCCAAUAAAACCUGCCACCUUUUUCAUCAGCAUUAGCCGCUGGUAUCUACACUUGUUCGAAUCCAGGUCGUAGUGAAAUGAGUGUAUCAGUUUUACAAUGAUGGCCUGUUACCUCCAACUUCUUACCAUGCCUUCCUUCAAUUUCAUUUUCUAAUUAUGCUGAUUUGUCAACGAGCCAUUGUAAAACAACAGCAGUCAGAUGUUCGAUGAUCAAGAAGACACGCUCGACGACACUGUCGUACUUAGAACCAAAAAAAAUGCCCCGGUGCGGCGUUCUUUGAGUGAAUGUGACCACAUGCCGCAUCGAAGUAUCGCAGAUCUCCGCGCGGAACUCCGUCAGCGCGGAGAGACGGAAUGGAGAAAGAAAGUCAAAUCUGACGUAGCCGAGGAGUUUAGAUCCAUCAAGAAAAAUGUUAUUAAUGAUGAUUUGUCAGAGGAUUCGAUAUUGGCGACCAGAUUAAAUGAAUUAGACGCUUCAUCAAAACAAUGGCAAAAUCGCGUAGAAAAAUCUGACGCAGAAAAAUUCUCGAUAAGCGGUAAAAUGGCGGAAAAAAUGAAGGAUGCGACGCCUACUAUAAACAUUCCUGAUGAUAAUAAGAAGACUCCACAGGCGAAACGAAUUAGGUUGAGAGGUACUGUUACAAAAUGGACAUCAAGACGAGUGUCGGUACCAAAAUUAGACGAUGCUGCUUUCAAGUCGUUUUUCGAAACCGUGAAGCAUUCAGAAAGUGUGGAAAAAGUAAAUUUACGCCUUGAAGAUUUCGAUGCUGUAGAGAGACAGUCACUUCUAGUCAUUAGGAAAAAUGUACAAGUGCAGAAGAGAAGAGGUGCAAGUAAAAACCCCAUCAAAGCUCUCGCGAAAAGGACAGAUAUAGCAGACGAGUACACAGAAGUUAUUACAGGGGUAGCAGAAAGAGAAAAGAAGAGACUUGCAAUUGAGAGAUUGAGCAAAGAUUCCAACAAGGCAGCAGAGGCUUUAGCUGGGUUAGCUAGUACCGAGGAUUUCACGUCAGUGGCUUUGAAAAAGUCGACAUCUGCACCUUCUUUUCUAGCUCCAUGGAAAAAUCUCAUGCUACUCCAAGUAAAGGGACGUAGACAUGUACAAGUGAGACUUGUAGAGCCAGUAGCAACCAGCGUAAAUGAAGGUGACAACUUCAUCCUGAUAACUCCAAACGCGUUGUAUAAUUACAUAGGCGCCUAUACUAACGUCAUCGAACAAUCGAGAGCUGCUGAUGUGGUGAAUCAUAUAAGAAUAACGGGCGACAUGGGAUGCAAGGUUAAUAGGGUGAUAACCGUCAAUGGUAGCGAUGGGUUGACCAAGAAUAGUAUGGAGUUCUGGAAGUUGUUAGGGUGCAAGGAUGUCCCACCGUGUAUAAAUGCUGGUCACCCAGAGGAAGACGAAAACUACGAAACAAACAUCCUACGUACGAAUAUGAUAUACAAGAUGGACGAAGAGGAACUGGUACCGUUAGAAAACUACUGGGGCGUCAUACCGAAAGUGGAAAUUCUACAGGAACGCAGUAUCUUGGUUUUUGAUUUUGGUUCGGAAAUGUACGUGUGGAGCGGAAAAGGUGCCCCGUUGGAUAAGAAAAAAAUGGCUGUGAAAUUAGCUGAGAAAAUCUGGGACGACGGGUAUAACUAUAGCGAAUGCAGCGUGUGUCCAUUGAAUAUAGCGUCGAUUUUAGGAGAGAGACAGCAAGAAAUUCUCCCGUUGUCAGCUGCUAAACGUCCGGAUUGGGCCCUAUUCGCCCGAAUCAGUCAACACCGCGAAUCGGUCCUAUUUCGAGAAAAAUUUCUUGAUUGGCCCGACUACACCCGAGUCAUCUCGAUCAAACCGGACGUACGCAAAACUGUCAAUCCGAACUACAACCUCGCCGUCGACAACAUCGAGGUUAUGUUCGAGGAGGGGGAAAAAGAACCGGAUCUUGUGGUCGAAAACACCCAUCUUGGUAGAGGGGAUAAGUACUACGAUAAAGAGACUUUGAGGCAUAUGGAGUACAAGACGUUGGAGAUACAAACGUGGCGUAUUUUGGAGAACACGUAUGAAGAGUUGAGCAAAGGGUCUAUAGGACAGCUGUACGACGGAGAUAGUUACAUUUAUAGUUGGCGCUAUAAGCAGAAUAUUAGAGGUAGAGAAUUGAGCGGUAACCCGUCAAAAUGGAAUCCAGUAGGAAGAGACCGCCAUAUAUUUUUCUGUUGGCACGGCAGCAAUUCUUCCAUAAGCGAGAAAUGUACAGCUGCAUUUUUGACUGUCGAGCUUGACAAGCAAAAUGCACCACAAGUCAGAGUUGUUCAGGGUUCAGAACCAGCCGCAUUUCUUAGGCUGUUCAGCGGUAAUCUAGUCAUCUAUAGAGGUAAGAGAAGUGAUAGAAUAAAGAAAGACAAAGUCCGAUUAUUCAUAGUGAGAGGUGAGGUCGAAAAUGAAACGUACCUAAUGGAAGUACCUGUAAGUACGUCAUCGCUAAGGAGUCGGACAUCGUUUGUGAUAGUCGAUAAUGUUAGUAAUAGAAUUAUAAUUUGGAACGGAGCGAAAUCUACGGAGUACAAGAGGAAAAUUACCAGGGAUAUUGUGUGCCGGUUGUUGGAUAAUAAGCCUGAAGACAUGUACUUAGAUGACUCUGAUGACCUGAAGGUAUUGGAAGUCGACGAGGGUUAUGAGAGUAACGAAUUUUUCGAAAUAUUGGGUGGUGACAGCACUUUGUAUCAUUCGCUGGUCGAUUCUUUGGAAGAUUACAAUUACACUGUGAGAAUGUUCAAACUAAGCAGUGUGACCGGGUCUUUUCUUGCCAACGAAAUAUUGUGCCCUCAUAGAAGUGAUCACUGUACACCAUACCCAUUUGUGCAGUCGGAAUUAUAUUCUGCCAAUCAACCAGCCCUAUUUUUAAUCGACAACCACCACGAGCUGUGGCUAUGGCAAGGCUGGUGGCCAGAGAAAGAUCCAGAACUGGACGAAGAUGAGGAAGACGUGAGCGACCAAACGGGCUCGGGGGCUAUUCGGUGGCAGGCGGAACGCAGGGCGGCGAUGCAGGUGGCGCAGAAGUACUGGGCGAAACGGUACGACCCAAGUAAGUUCGUCGCCCAUGCGGUCUGGGCCGGAUUGGAACCGGUGCAGUUCAAGAAUCUGUUUCCCUGUUGGGAGGACAGGGAGGACGUUAUGGAGAUGAACAUGAAGGAUGGUAGAAAACUGGGGGAGAUGAUCCCUUUAGAAGACGAACUAGCGCUGUUAACAAGAACAACAUACCCGCUGGCAGAGCUACUUCAAAGACCUUUGCCCGAAGGAGUAGAUCCAACACAGAUUGAAAAUUAUCUUUCUCUUGAAGAUUUCCAAGAACUGUUGUCUAUAUCCAAGGACGAAUUUCAGAAAUUGCCUGCUUGGAAAAAGACCGCAUUGAAAAAGGAUAAAGGAUUGUUUUAAAUAAUAAAGGAUUACCCUGUGUGAGAUUGAAUCUUAUAAAUUUUCAUACCAUAUGGCUUUUGCUUAAGAUCACCACGUUACGCCAUUCUUGGCGAUACAUAUAGGGUUUUCCAUUAAGGACUUGGCAACUUUCUUCUUAAAUAAAACGCAAACCAUUUGAGAUAUCUCGAAAAUUUUAUUAUUUGAUUGAAGUGUACUCAAAACAUUUAUGUAUGGAAUUCGACCUCGUUCAUAUGACCACCACAGGCACGUCAGCAGCGAUCGAUUCGUUCAAUCCAAUUUUCAAUGACUCGGCCACACAUUUCGACGGAAGCGGCCGCUAUCUCCUGUUCAGUAUUGGCUCUGAGCUCCUCUAACGACGCCGGCUUGUUGGCAUAAACCAAUGAUUUAAUUAAGACACACAAAAAAAGUCUAGAGGUGUUAAAUCAUACGAUCUAGGCGGCCAUUCGACAGGAUCAUUUCUCGGACACGUUCACCGAAUUUUGAUUUCAAUGUCGAUUGUUUCACCCGCUGUGUGGCUUGUGGCACCGUCUUGUUGAAACCACGUAUCAUUAAUGUCUAGCCCAUCCAAUUGAGCAAAAAAUAGCGUUGCAACAUGUCUUUGUACCGAUCCCCGUUGACAAUACAUCAAUGAAGAAAAAACGGUCCAAUGACACCACACCAUACAGUUUUUUUUGUGGAUGAAGUAGUGUUUUUUGAAGCACAUGAGGGUUUUCACCUGACCAAUAACGCAUAUUAUGUUUGUUGACGACGCCAAAAAUGCGCCUCAUCGCUGAAGAUGAUUGCGAUGAAAUUGGUCAUUUUCUUGCAACAUUUCUAGAGCCCAAUUCGAGAACGUACGUCGCUUCAUAUGAUCGAACGGCUUUAGUUCUUGAGUUAACUUGAUCUUAUAAGGGUGCAGGCUAGGAUCUCUUCGCAAGUUCGCCAUAGUGUGGUCUGAGCGAUGCCCAAUUCUUGAGAAGGCCGUGGAAGCAUGUUCUGAUCGUUUCCGACGAAAGUUUGAAUGGCAGAAAUAUUCUCGGCACGUCGACCAACUUGUCUCACUGGCACGGGAACCUCCAGCAGUGAAUAUGUGGACUCAAAUUUCUUUACUAGACCUUGAACUGCUUGACUACGGGUACGAGAAUUACGACCAAAAACUGGCGUUAACGCUCUUAAGGUUGCAGUCACCGACUCGGAAUUUCGGUAGUAAAUUUUAAUUAUUUUUAAGCGUUUUUCGUUCGUGUACUUCACCAUGAUGAAAAUGUUUUCUUUACUGAAUGUUUUGACAUUGACAGUUCGGUAAUUGAUUUAAAGGUGCGUUCGCGGUGAAAGUUCAAAGUUGUCAACUCCCUAUUGGAAAACCCGAUAAUAGUGUGUGCGUAUGAAUAAUCAACAAAUUGUAUGAAAAAUAUCAAAUGUUGGAGUUUUGAAAUCCAGCCAAGGAAUAUGUAGCAUUAAAACAAUUAUUUGAUAAAGCCAUUAUAGCUGGAUUUGAACUCAGAACCAAUUAGAUUCUCUAAAAUUGUCAGUAUCGCUUAGUUGGCAUUUCAUUCACUGCCUCUUAAUUUUGAGGAAGAGUGCCUAUUUUUUACACCUAUUUAGAAUGCCUUAUACAUGAGGAGAAUAGAACAUCACUUGAGUAAGUAUAUUCCAUAAUGGCGUAUAUUGAAGAAUGUAUGUGAUCUAAUGACUAGUUGAGUUAUAAAAGCGACUAUUGUGCAGUUAGUCUAAUCAUAUUAGACGAAAAUACACCUGGUUUGCGAAAUAAUUGUAAAGACUGGUUUUAUUGCUACAAGUUUUUCAAGGGGGUAUUCAAAACAUGGUCGCAUAAAAUGGGUAUAUCAGUUUUUGUGGGAAAACUUUUUAUUCGACAACAAAGAAUCAGAGAACGUGUUUUUUGGGAUUCAAUUGUUGACAGGAACGAAAAAACUCUUCAUAUAAGAUUUUUAGGUAUUUAUGAGACUUACAAAAUGAGACCACACGUAAAAAGAUCCGACUAAUAGCAAAAAAGCUAUGUCCGAAAAUCGAGGCAAAUUGCAGGUUUUGGCUCUUGGUGGUAAUUCAACGACGGUUUCUAGCAGAUAUUUGAAAUUCUUCAAAUUCGUAAGAUUCGUACUUCCAAAUAACCACAACAAAAUUGCAGUAGAUUGGUCAAGUAGGUUUUUAGAAUGUUUAAUUGUUUAUCCCAAAACACCUGUUUUCCAGCCAUCACUACUAGUUUAUUGAGCAAUAUUCAGAGCUAGUUCAAAGAGCAUUUUAUGGCUGAAUACACUAGUUUACCUUGCCGAUAUGAAUUGCAAACCAUUCCGGAAGAUAAAUGUUAUUUUUAUGAAGAAAAGGAUGGAUUACGUUUUUUCUUCUAAACAAAUUCAAACAUUUCGUAUUUGUGGGUAAUUCGCAACAAAAGAUGAUAGAUACUUCCGCUUUGUUUUAAAAUGUGUAUAGUAAUGCAUGUUUUUCGAAUAUCGUAGCGCAUUUGUUCAAUUACCCAAAAAUACGAAAUGUUUCAAUUUGUUUAUAAAGAAAACAACGUAACCUUUGCUUUUCGCAUAAAAAUAACAUUUUUCGGAAUGGUUUAUGAUUCAUAUCGGUAAGGUAAGCACAUGUAUUCUGCUAUCAAAUGCUCUUUGAACGAGACUUGCACCAGACUUUACAAUUAUUUCGGGGAAAGUUGCUAAUAUGAUUAGACUAAGUGUCUUUCUAUAAAAUAUAAUUAUUGCUUUGAGCUCAGUUAUAUUAAUUUUAAUCACAUAUUUUAGAACAAUACCAAUUUUGAACGAUUUUGAUAUUUAUGGAAUUUCAUUAAUAUGUAAGCUCAACGGUGCAUCUUGCCAGUUAUAUAAUUUAUUAGAUUUUAUUUUAUUGUUUUUAUUUAUUAUGUAGUUGAAUUGCAGAUUUGAAGGUUUUGGGUUUUAUUAUUUUGUUAUUUUGUUUUAACAUAAAAAGUAUCAGUAGCUGCCAUUUAUUGAUUUUUAUCUGGGAAAGGAUGAUACGCUAAAAAUCCCAAUACGUAUUACCAUAGCCAAUACCCGGAAAAAUAAUUGUAGCCUGAACGAUGAAAUUUUACCCAGUAGAAUCAAAAUAAAUAAUCAACAUUCAUUUGGAAUGGUAAUUUAGGAGUAAGGAUGUGGGUCAAAACUAAAAGUGCAUGUCGGGUCAUAUCUCACAUCGGGCAAAUGUUUUUUCCAGGAGAGUACCUAUGCAGGCAUGAUGCUUUGUGAAAUUUCAGGGUCCUAAGUCAGUCGGUUUGGUUUGGAGACUUUGUUUGUUUCAGAUUUAUUUAGCAUUAAUGCUACAAUGUCCAGAAUAUCCACAUUACACAGUAUAUCACAAAAUAUAUUAUGUCUUCAAGACUACAUAUUUUUAUACAAAAUUUCACUACUAUGAAUUCUGGUUUUCCAUGAGAUAUUUUUUCAAUUUCCCUUUGAACAUUUUCAAACUGACACACAUGAUAUCAUUACUUAAUUUAUUAAAUUCGUACAAUCCCUUUUGGAAUUGUACACAGUUUUUUUAGAAUAACCGAAAUUCUAUAAAAGUAAUUUAUUUUCUUUGAUAUUUUUGAAUUAAUAUAUUCAUAGUGCCCUUUAAAUUUUAAUUUAC